CCGUGUCUGGUAGGUGCUCUGCUGACAGCACCCUUCUCCUGCAGCUUGGCUCCUCACACAGACCUAAGGAAAGAAGAACUGUAACUGAGAAAAAGAACUGUUCACAAUGCCACAAAACGUUACUCUCCAAGGACCAGCACCCUGGGGGUUCAGGCUCUCGGGAGGAAUAGAUUUUAACCAGCCCUUAAUCAUAACCAGGAUUACCCCUGGAAGCAAGGCUUCAGCUGCAAAUCUAUGCCCUGGUGAUGUUAUUGUAGCUAUAGAUGGACUAAGCACAGAGAACAUGACACAUAAUGAUGCCCAAGAGAGAAUUAAAGCAGCUGCACAUCAACUUUGUUUGAAAAUAGAGAGGACAGGAACUAAAUUAUGGUCCCCACAAGUUUCAGAAGAUGGCAAAGCACAUCCCUUCAAGAUAAACUUGGAAGCUGAACCACAGGAUAUGAACUACUUUGAACACAAGCAUAAUAUUCGUCCCAAACCUUUCAUAGUCUCAGGCCGAAGCAGCGGGUGCAGCACUCCUUCGGGGAUUGACUGCGGCAGCGGGCGCAGCACCCCCUCCUCAGUUAGCACGGUCAGCUCCAUCUGCCCCACCGAGCUGAAAGCAGUCUCUAAGAUGGCCCCAAACAUCCCCUUGGAAAUGGAGCUGCCCGGGGUCAAGAUCGUACACGCCCAGUUUAACACACCUAUGCAGCUGUACUCAGAUGACAAUAUCAUGGAAACGCUGCAAGGCCAAGUUUCUACAGCUCUGGGGGAAACACCUGUAAUAAGUGACCCAUCUCCCAACUCAGUGCCUCAGUCUGACGUGUACAAGAUGCUGCAUGCCAACCAGGAGGAGUCCAGUCAGCCUCGCCAGUCUGGCUCCUUUAAGGUGCUCCAGAAUUUAGUCUCCGAGGAAGGUGAUGGACGCCCUGCAGGUACAAGAAGUGUGAAAGCACCUGUGACGAAGACACCUGCUGCCAUGCCCAGCGUCCAGAAAGUGCCACUGUGUGACAAGUGUGGGAAUGGGAUUCUAGGAACAGUGGUGAAGGCACGUGACAAAUACCGGCACCCAGAAUGUUUCGUGUGCUCUGACUGCAAUCUCAACCUGAAACAAAAGGGCUACUUCUUUGUGGAGGGCCAGCUAUACUGUGAAGCCCACGCACGAGCUCGCAUGAGGCCACCAGAGGGAUACGAAGCAGUUACUGUUUACCCAAAAUGCUAGUCUGACAUUAACACACCAAUACAUGCAUGCACACCAAAAGCCAUUAACAGCUUAGAACUGCAGUAUCAGUGUCAGGACUCCUGCCUGAUUCCAAAGUAGCAGCUUUUAAACCUUCUCUUGUGGGAUUCUGAGGGAGGUGGAAGUCCCUAUUAGCCAGCAGUAGCAUGUUAUACCAGUAAGAUUCUGCUAAAAUAUUAUCUUUGAAGUUGCCAGUGUAACUCAAUGUAUGAACUGAAACAGCUGUACUGGAAU